AUGCAUCUCUCCUCCAUCACCGCCGGAGCGCUUGCUCUGGCUCCCCAGCUCGCCUCGGCCCACUUUCUCUUCCCACAUCUGAUGCUCAACGGCGUCAAAACCGAGGCCUAUGAGUACGUGCGUGAGCACGACUUUGGCUUCAACCCCCACAAGACCGACUGGAUCAACAGCGAGGACUUCCGCUGCAACGAGGGGUCGUGGAACCACCGCAACGACCCCAAGACCGCCGAGGUCACGGCCGGUCAGGAUGUCGUCGGCUUCAACCUCCACUUGGACUUUGCCAUCUACCACCCCGGCCCGGUCACUAUCUACCUCUCCAAAGCCCCCGGCGACGUCCGCGAAUACGACGGUUCAGGCGACUGGUUCAAGGUGUACCAGCUGGGCACGCAGAUCCCCUGGAACGGCACAGAUCAGGGCUGGUUGACGUGGGAUCAAAAGAACUUCCAGUUCACGCUCCCCAACGAGAUCCCGGCGGGCGAGUACCUCAUGCGCAUUGAGCAGAUGAGCGUGCAUCAGCCGUACCGCGAGAAGGAGUGGUACGUGCAGUGCGCUCACCUCAAGAUUGCGAGCAGCUAUGAUGGGCCCGACCCGAGCCCUACUAUCAAGUUCCCUGGCGGCUACAAUAUCAAUGAUGAGGCUAUUCAACUGGAUAGCUGGGCCCAGCCGCCGCCUACUUAUGCUGCUAUGCCUGGUCCGGAGCAAUGGCCUAACUAA